CAGAAGCACAAAAAUGAUGACUUGAUAGGAAGAAAAGGCACUGUAUUUUAAGAAGACCUCUUUAUUCUUAAAGUAGAAGUUCCCCUUCAAGAUGAUGAAUGGUGGAAACUCUUCAGGAUCAUGCCUGCACUCAAAAACUAGAAUUUCUAAAGCAGAUGACAAUUACUUAGAGGAAUUGAGUGAAGACUUAAACCUAAGGAAGCAGGAACUGCUAGAGAUGCUUAAACCCUUAGAAGAUAAAAACAAUCUCUUAUUCCAGAAGUUAAUGUCUAACUUGGAGGAAAAACAAAGAAGUCUGCAGAUCAUGAGGCAAAUCAUGGCAGGAAAGUGUGCUCAUGAAUCCUCAGUAGUGGAGCUCAUCAAGGAAGCAGAAGAGAUGAAGCAGAACCUAGAAAAGAAAAACAAGAUGCUUCGGAAGGAAAUGGAGAUUUUAUGGAACAAGACAUUUGAAACAGAAGAACCCAGUGAUCAACAAAAAGCACCACAGAUAAAAAACAAGGUAAACUUGCAGGAUGGAAGAGCUCCCAAAUACCCCUCAUCAUCUAGGAAGACCAGGAGUGACCAGGAGACAUCAUGUACAGAGAAAGUGAAGGAGAUAAGGAAGGAAAAGCAACAGAGGAAAAUGGAAUGGGUCAGUUAUCAGGAACAAGCCAACAUCUUUCAGAAUGACUUUCAUGGCAAAGUGAUUGAGCUGAGAAUUGAAGCCUUGAAGAACUACCAGAAGGCCAAUGACCUGAAAUUAUCACUGUACUUACAGCAGAAUUUUGAGCCAAAGCAAGCAUUCUUAAAUCUUCGUGGGUCACAAGGUACUAUGGGCAGUGCAACUACAGGCAGAGCAACCACAGGCAGAAACGAACCUAAUGUGAGGAAUUUGGGAUCAAAGACCAACAAAGAACAAGGAGCCAAAGGAAGUCGGUUUGAUGAUAAGGAGGGCGGCUCUUUCUUCUGAGGUCACCGCCAGAUGAAGCUCUGGAGGAUUAGGAGGCUUUCACACCAUUUGCUUUGGACAGAUUUGAAGACUAGGCAUAGUCAUUUGUGUUAAUUAAAAUCUCUCAGACCUUUGUUUUAAUGCUACACUCCCUCCCUCCCCACACAAUCUGGGUGGAAAUGUUAGUUAAGUGCUUGGCCUUAAGCUUGUCAGGAAUUUAGUCAUUUAAGGAUUAUAAGCAGCUUCUGAUUAUUUGAUUGCUCUUGAAUUUGAAAUGACCAGGUUUGAGCCACAUUGAUGCUGUUAAUGAGUCCAUUAAAAGGAGCUUCUCUCCAUGUAUAAAGCAUUUAAUUCUGAGCAGAUCCACCAAACGUACAAAAAAGGAAAAUUAUAUGCCAUAAAGUCCCUGGGCGGUACGACUAACCUAAAGCUACUAACCUAA